AUGUCGGGGACCCGGCCGAUCUAUUAUCGCCGGGUCGCCGUUCUCUUAGGAGCAGCCACCGCAGCAGGCGGUGGGAUUUACAUAGCAUAUAAAGUCUCCAAUUCCGAGUACUACCGCCGCCAGCGGCAACGAGUGCGAGACGCAUGGAUCCUCUUCUCGCGGUUAUACAACGCCGUUUUCGCCGCUUCUGAGCUGUCCACCACUGUACUGACGGACGUUCGAGCGUUUAUCGAGUCAGAUUCAGACGAGGUUCCGCGAAGCGUACGGCAGAUCCUGAAGCUGUCCAGCUCCGAGGAGUUUCAACGGGCCGUCGUACGUACGACGUACUCUGUAACAGAAGGUGUUCUCCACGGCGUGUGUCUGUCGUCAGCCUGGAACGGUCCAGAUGAAACGGCAAGCGCAUGCCCAGCUCAAGGCACCAAUGGCGUCGAUUCAUCUUCCGGAAUCAGCGGGAUGCCGGUCAGACGAAUGGGAUUGGUGGAGUCAGUUUUGGAUAAGCUGUUUACAGACGAGGGUCGAACCUUCGCAUCUGCAGUGGUAGGAAAAGCGAUGCGGAGUUUAGUGGUCUCGUUGGUAGACAAGCUAAGUAGCCCGCCGGGAGGAGUCUCCGCAUCUGGCGGCGCAACUGGCGCCUCUUCCGCGGCUGGAUCGAGGCAGGCGCUGACAGGAUGGGAGUUGAUACUGGUUGAGCUGGCUACUAACGAGAAGGGGAAGGCCCUGUUGACGGAUAUCGUCGCGACAUUCGCCGUGAACGCUGUGGGGACGUUUAUCGAGAAGACGAGAAACGUCAACGUCUACCAUGACAUCCUUGCAGCCGUGAGUCGGCAUCAAGAGCUUGUGAAGGAUGUCGGAGCACACAUUCUAACGAGGACAGCAGAGACGACUGUUGCAACUGCAAUGGCGCCCAUUCCGACUGAACGAUCAGCAAGGCAGGGGAGUUCGGCUGGCGCGGGGAUGGGGGCAGGGUUUGAAGAGGUGAUACAAACGGGGGGUGUUUCCGUCGCUCUAUCGACAUCGUCUGACGGCUCGUCGUCAGAAGCUCCGUCUCCGUCAGAAUCGCUGUCUCCGCGUAGCAGGAGCUCGCUUGACGGCCAAUUACAAGACGCCAUGUGGCAGGGGGUUCCAGAUGCAACCAUCUCCGCGCCACAGACAGCAGCAGCUGCAGCAGCCGCAGCAACUUCCGCAUCUCUUCGUGGCAAGUUAACAACCUUCUUCCGUCGCCUGCCUCCUCCACCUCCUCCUGCGCUUCAAACGGCGUCCACGUCAGCAAGCGCUGCAUUCUCAGGGAGCCAAGCGUUAUCUUCCACGUGGCAGCGCCAGUUGACCGGCUUCUUGGCAGAUAAGGAGGUCCGAGGGCUGGUCAUUGAGGUAGCGGGAGCCGUGUCAGCGAGAGGUAUGCGAGCCUUUCUUCUAGUCCUCUUCCAUAAUCUCCUCUCCAGUCAGCCCUGUAGAACAGCUAGAGGAAAAGGAGAAGCUGGGUCCUCCAUGUUGCAGCACCAGGGGGUUAGGAGCCGAAUUCAGGUUGUUUCAGGAGGGGAUGACAGGGAGCAGGCUGGUGAUGUUACUGCUGAUGAUGACCUGGCAUUGGAGGCGUCUGAGCUGGAAAGAGUGGUUGAGGAUGAUGUUGUCCCUCCCGUUGUGCUCAAAUUCCAGGCCUUGGUUUCCGAGCCUACGUGUGCGCCCCUUACACGUGGCGGCUAA